GCGGUCGUUUCCUACCUCAAAUACUCUUUCAACCGUAAGUGAUAACCAUAUGAUCUGUUUAGUUUGGAAAAGAUCCUGAGUGGAUAAGUGGAUCAACAAACAAGAUGCGAGUUGUGUCCUGGCAUGUUUUAGGAAUCUUGAAGACGUGCGCCGUUUGUGUGUGUCUGUUGUUUGCUUACAUUGCCUGGCCUGGAGGAUUGCAAAGGAGCAAGAUUACCAUUGAUAACAGGAACUUCAACUCAAGGCAAAUAGACAAGUUCAGCACUGUUCAGUCAGAUCGAUGGACAGUGGUGACAACCAUCUCCUACCCUACUCCAGACAUCAAGUUCCUGGCAAACAUACCCGGAUGGAAGGUUGUUGUCGUCGGAGACACCAAGACGCCAGCAGACUGGAGGAACCAAAACUGUGUAUUUUUAAGUUUAGAGGAUCAGCGUGGGCUUGGCUUUGACACAGAGUCACUUCUGCCUGAGGAGAGCUAUGCAAGAAAGACGAUGGGAUAUCUGUUUGCAAUAGCUCAUGGCGCAAAGGUAAUUUAUGAAACUGAUGAUGACAAUCGUCCCCUUGAUCUACUGAAAACUUUCAAACUAGAUCCAACAAUGUGGGGAAUCUUGUACAGAGGGGAAAAACUCUUUAAUCCCUACCGCCAUUUUGGACAGCCGACAUUGUGGCCAAGAGGAUAUCCGCUUGGUUCUGUAGGAGAAUCACCAACAACAGAAUAUCUACUAAAUCACUGGAAAACGCCAUCUAUUCAGCAGGGUUUGGUCAACAGAGAUCCAGAUAUGGAUGCCAUUUUCAGACUGACCCGGAAACAAACCCGUUCUCAGCUGAAUGUGACCUUUGAUGGAAGAGCUCCACCAGCAAUUGUUCCAGCUGGCGUUUUUGCUCCCUUUAAUUCCCAGAAUACCCUUUUCUUGUAUGAUGCAUUAUGGGCACUCCUAAUUCCAUCAACCACGACAUUCCGAGUGUGUGAUAUUUGGAGAGGCUACUGGGCUCAGAGACUCUUGUGGGAGAUGGGAGGAAAUGUAGGGUUCUUCCCACCAAAUGCUGUCCAGAGGAGGAACUCUCAUUCCUACCUCAGUGAUGCACAGGAAGAGAAGGAUCUCUAUUUCCAGACAGAACGCCUUGUUGAUUUCCUUACCAAAUGGAAAUGUGGAGCAAAUAGAACAUUUUUUGCUUGUAUGACUAAAUUAUCGACUGAUAUGGUACAUGAGAACUUUUGGAAGGAAAGGGAUGCAAGUCUGACAUCUCUUUGGAUCAAGGACCUUGUGGCACUUGGCUACAAGGAACCAAAAAGAAUUCCGUUUGGUUCUCUAAAAUACGCUGCUCAAUAUAUAACAGUAGAGAAAUUGCAAACACAAACUCGUAUGACGGAUCAACAGAUCAAUGUCAAAUUCUGGGCGGCUGGGCAAACACCACCCCAGAUAUAUUCCCAAGCUACGCAGUCACCUGCGGUUGUGUCGCAUGCUGCUCAAAUAGCUUCCUAUUGCAGCGGUGAAUCGUUUAUAGCAUCUAAACUGACAGAUAUCAUUACAUAUCCAAAUAUUUUGUUAAUUGUAGUGUUCAACUUUCCCCACUAUGAGAAUCUCCAGUUUCUGGAGACAAUGUACAGCAUGCACUUUCCUCACAUCAUUUAUUGUGGAGCCAACAAAGAUCAAUUUGACACUCACGCUAAGCUCCUUCUCCUUGUUUUGUAUGGUUUCAGCUUCAACCUGCUUCGUAAGCCAUACCGAUAG